CAACUAAAUCCAACACUUUUGUCUUCGACUUUGAAGUUGAUUUUCUUGAUGACUAGCCAGCGUUAUGCGCGCCUAUAACAUCAAUCAAAAAAAAAGCGCCUAUGAUGAAGCGAAUUGAAUAUGCUUGUUGCACCUAGGUAUUGGCGUCUUUAGAUGCACAGAACGGCGAGUAUGGCGAGUAUAGCGGGCUCCGGCAUUGGUGCCCUGGGCGACGCCCUCCCGCUUUCACUGGGGGACUGGAGCGCAUUGCGACAUCAGCACACGGAACCUGCCGCCUUCUUGCCUCGCGCCAGCGGGAGCGGCCAGGGCCUGGCCGUGGCCGCGGGCCCGCCCGUGCCUGCGCAAGCGCCCCCGUCAGCACCGGCGAGUAUGGAAGCCCGACAAUCCUCUUGGGCCUUCGCGGAAGAUGACAAUGAGGAGGGUUUCUAUCCCCUGACCGCCGCGAGCCCCGUCGAUGAGGAGGGUUUCUACCGCGUCAGGCCCACGCAGGCAGCCCCGGCGUCCACACCAGGGGCCAGCGGCCAAGACGGGUGUGCAGCUGCCAUUACUGCUGCAACGUCAGCUGCUGCUGGGGCACCAGCGGCGGCCACAAUACCGCACAUCUUCCAGCCUCCGGCGGCUGACGUGUGGGCUGCUGGCAGUGAGGGCGCGGCUGGUCCAAGCGGUUCCGCUUCACACAGCUUGCACCUGCCGCCGCCGGCGUGUGGGCUACUGCCAGCAGCAGGCGCUUGCCCGCCCACCACCGGGCUAUCAAUCCCGCCCUUGCCGCUCCGGAAUAGCUCGGCCCAGCAGCCCAUGGGGUGGCAGCAGGAGCCGCCGCCGCCGCAGCAGCAGCAGCAGGAGCAGCAUCCACAGCAGCCACUGCCACCAACAACUGAAAUGCCGCCGGCCUCCUCCUGCGGUCAGCACAUGCGGAGCUGGCACCAGGAGCAGCACCAAGACCUGCUGCGACAGCACUGGCAGCACCACCCAUCGCGGCGCCCGGCGCCUCACACGCCGCUGACAACAGCUUCAGGACCUGCACCGUUGCCGCCGCACCACCCGCCCCAGCCCACUGCAGCUGGUCCGCACCUCGCACCACCCCCCUGCGCCGCAGUACCGUGCAGCGCACCGGCCGAAUCCAGUGGCGCUGCUGCCGCGGCCACAGUUGCACCGGUAGCGGUAGCGGUAGCCGGCCAAGCCGCAGCGGUUGGGUGGCAGGGGGCCGCGGCUCUGGACGAGCAGCGCGGAGUCGGGGCGCAAGCGGCCCCAGGCGCGGGUGCUGCGGGCAGCCCGCCUCAGCUGGACACGGGUCCUUCCCGACAGCAGCUACAACCACAGGCACAGACACAGCCUGAGGAGGUGUCGGUAUCGCAGCCACAGCCACUGCAACCGCCGCCGCAACCGCAGCCAUCGCUGCCACAGCCGCAGCCACCGCAGCCGCAACUGCAGCCGCAACUGCAGCCGCAACCGCAGCCGCAACCGCAGCCGCAACCAAACCUGCAACCACAGCAGGACCAGUGCCUACCCAAGCCUUACCCAUCGACCCACCGGCCGCACGGGCAACGGCAGCAUGCUGCGAACCACCAGCAGCACCAGCAGCACCACCACUACCACCUGGACGUCCACCUGGGCGGUGAGACUGACGGCGGCAGCAGCAGCGGCAGCGGAGGCACCGCAGGCGCCGCGGGGCCAGCCCAGCAAGGCCCGCAGCUGCUGCAGGCCCUGCUCGGGCUUCUGCAGGGGCGGCACCCGCAGCAGGACUCUGCCAACCUGUGGAGUGGUGGGCACCUGCACCUGCACCUGCACGUGCACGCGAAUGGAAGCGACACCGGCGCCUUGCCGGGGCUGCCUCAACAGGGUGCACCACAGCCGCAUCAUCACUUUCAUCACCACCAGCACCACAUCGGGCAUGCCUCACCCUGUGAGCUUGCAGCCACCGCUGCUGCCACCACCCAUGGUGUAAGGCCGGCGGCGACGGCGGCGGAGAUGGCCAGGGCUACCGCCGCCGCUGCAGCCGCCACAGCCAUAUCAGACAGACCGCUGCUGUGCGCAGCCCCUGCGCCUGCUGUAGGUGGCCAGGCGCUGGGUCACGGUCUGCCGCCACCCCACCCCGGACCAGCCGGAGUCUUUGGUAGCGGACCCCCUGCCGCCGCGCCAGGCGCCCACGCACAGGCACAGCGCAGCAACAGCGGCGCGAGUGGAAGCGGCACUGCAGGCCUGCAGCGUCAAGCAUCAAGCGACGUGCCUGUGCCGCCGGCCGUAUCCGGCCCGCCGCGCCCCCCACACGCGCGGGGCUCAGUGGUGGUGGUGGUGGCGCCGGAGCCAUCGCAGGCAGCUGGCCCCGGUGGCAGCUCAGGCGGGCCCCGGCUGACAGCUCAACAGGCCAAGGUGCUGGAGCUGGUGCGGGAGGGGCGCAACGUGUUCUUCACGGGAGACGCGGGAACAGGCAAAUCGUUCGUGAUGAACCAGGUCAUUGCGGCGCUGAAGACCAAGUACGGCAACCAGUUCAGCAGUGCUGUGGCUGUGUGCGCAUCCACUGGCAUCGCUGCCAUACAGCUCUGCGGCACCACGCUGCACAGCGCCCUUGGCUGUGGUGUGCCGCAGGAGUAUGUGUCAUUUGGGCGCAUGGACGUCUACCGCAUCAAGGCAUACAAGGUCCUCAUCCUGGACGAGGCGUCCAUGAUCAGUGCCGAGUUCUGGACGGUCGCGGAGCAAACCAUUCGCCGCAUCCGCUGCGGCCACCUGCACCGGCAGGCUCAACCGCCAGCCGGGGGGCUGCAGCUGAUCUUUAGUGGAGACUUCUUUCAGUUGCCACCCAUCUCCAAGCGGCCGAGCAGCAUGCGGCAAGAUGAUGUGCCGCUGCAGUGGUUCACCAGUUGGGGCUACCUGUUCCAGGCGCCUGUGUGGGAGGACUGCGCUUUCCACAUGGUGCUGCUCACACAGGUGUUCAGGCAGGCGGACGCGCGGUUCGCGGCGCUGCUCAACGCCAUCCGACUGGGCAGCUCUGAAGCGCGGCAGGCGCUGCUGCACAUCGCAGCCGUGUGCAGCCGACCGCUCGACUGCUCUGACGGCAUCAAGCCCACGCGGCUGUACUGUUGCAACGCCCAGGCGGACGCGGACAACCUGCGCGAGCUGGCCAAGCUGCCGGCGGAGCAGCACACCAUGAUGGCGGAGGACAAGGUGGAGGUGGAUCCCGCGGUGCUGUCGGGGCUGGAACUGUGGGAGUGGGCGGCCAAGGAGGCGGCGGUGCAGGGCGGGCUGUGGCGGGACGAGUUCUGGAAGGACUGCCUGGCGGCGCAGCAGUACGGGCUCAAGGUGGGCGCCCAGGUGAUGCUGGUGCGCAACCUGGACAUGCGGCCCGAGGAGGACACGCACCAGCAGGAGCAGGGCAGCGGCAGCAGCGCUGCUGGCGUUGCAGAUGGUGGCGGUAGCGGUGGCGGUGGUGAGGGAGGCGGCAGCAGUGCUGCUGGAGGUGCGCCCAGGGGUCGACACGGAGAUGACGGCAGCGCCGGCGGCGGCACUGACCACUGCUGUGGAGGCGUUGGUGGCGGCGCUGCCGGCCCGAGUGGCGUCGCAGGCAGCAAUGCCAGCAGAAUCCCUGAGGGCAGCAGUGGCACCGAUGGCGCCGACACCGCUACGGCCAGGCCGCCGCCGCCGCCGCCGCCGCCCAAGAGCCGGCAGCUGGUGAACGGCUCCCGCGGCGUGGUGGUGGGCUGGGCGCGCAAGUCUGACGUGCUGGCCCGACUGCGAAGUGGGCUGCCGGUCGACUUGCUGGAGCCGCAGGACAAGGUCAAGCAGCAAGCGGCAGGAGCAGCCGGAGCUGCAGCUGCAGCCGCGGAGGAUGCGGCUUGGGCGGCAGCGGCGGCAGAGGCGGAGGCAGCGGCGGAGGCAGCUGCAGCCGAGGAGGAUGCAGCUUGGGCGGCAGCGGCGGCAGAGGCGGAGGCAGCGGCAGCCGCGGCUGAAGCCAGGGAUUCAGACCCAGGUGGUGUCGACCCCAUGGCGGAUGACGCCAUGUCGUGCGACAGCGGAGUCUCACCAGGUGGCGGCAGCGCUGGCGGCCCGGGUCCCGGAAGCGAGCGCGGAGGCGGUGUGGCUGAGGAUGUGGAGAUGGGCGGUCCACUGAGUGACACUGCGGCGGUGGCGGCGGCAGUGGCGGCCACGGCAUUGGCGGCGGCGGCCACCAGCAGUGCGUCAGCGGUUGCAGCGGGCAGCGCUGAGGUGGACACGGGCGCUCCUGGCGCUGCUGCUGGUGCUGCCUACAUGCCGGGAGCUGUGGCGGAGAAAAAGCUGUGGCUAGUGCCGGGGGUGGACUAUGAGUCUGUGUACGACCGACUGCUGGCCACACCGGAGGCGGUGCAGUCCAAGGUGCGCGAGCUGGCGAGCUGGCCUGGCGACCGCCUGCCUGUGGUGCGCUUCGCCAACGGCGUGGUGACGGACGUGCUGCCGGUCACCUUUGAGAAGGCCGUGCUGCGGAGGGGCACAUGCCUGAGGCUGCAGGUGCCGCUCAAGCUGGCGUGGGCCAUCACCAUCCAUAAGAGCCAGGGCAUGAGCCUGGACCGCGUGCAGGUGGCGCUGAAGAACGCCUUUGAGGCGGGGCAGGUGUACGUGGCGCUGAGUCGCGCCCGCUCGCUGGAGGGCCUGCAGGUGCUGGACUGCGACCCCUCCAGGAUCAAGACGGACGCGUGCGUAAAAUCCUUCUACACGGCGCUCAGGCAGGGCAACACGGAGGGCCUUGCGGACCUGCGCAAGCAACAGGAGCUCGCGUGGCGGUACUUUGUGGGCGCGCGGCAAAAGGGCAAGUGGCCCGGCACCUUCAGCACGGCACGGGACGCCCGGGUGUUGGCGCUGCCUGCCGGCCAGCCCCUGCCCGACUGGCCGCCGCCGCGCCCUCCCAGUGAGGACCAGCAGGUGGCUACGGAGGCGCAGGUCGAGCAGCUGCGGCAGGAGGAAGAGCAGAAGGGCAGGAGGAGGCGGGAAGCGGAGGAGGAGGAAGGGGCGAGGAGGGCACAGAAGGGGCCGCGCAAUAGUGCAGGGGAGGCGGGAGGCGAGAGGUCGGAAGGUGCGGAUGGCAGGGAGCCGAAGCGGACACGCGGGGCAGGGGGCCAGCACCGCGGCGGCAGCGCGGCGGGUGCGUAAACAUGGACGGCGAGUUGGUGUGGGCGCGAGGCCUAGGCAGGAGUACGCCUAUGCCGGGGGCCGAUAGUGCGUUGCAAAGGGGGCAGCGCGACGGGCUGCGGGCAGCGCAAUGGGCUACGGGCAGAGCGAGUGGGGAGCAGCAGAGGGGCAUGGCGGGAAUGAGAAGUGCAUGCAGGGCACGGCCGGGGCACCGUGGUACGCGGCCGUGCUGAAUCCUGGCGGCCCGAGAGCCGUUAUUAACGGUUAAAG